UAAGUACUUGGUAAGUUUCGAAGGUCAUCCUUGGUAUUUAAAAAUCAUCAUAAUUACGAGCACAACCGUAUACAAUUAUCCUGGACAUUUAAAGUCCAGACUGUGCAAAAUUCUACAUUGUGGUCGUUUCGUCUUUUGUGUUUUUCAACGCAUAAAGUUUCUUUAAAUGCAGGCUGUAAAAGUUGGACUGUGACCUUUAUUGGUUUCCCAAAACGUUCUUUGGUCCACAAUAGAUUAUAGUCAUUGUACUGUGUUAUCUCUCAGGGUCACAGGUUUAGUAAAGAGAUAUACGUCGAGCUCGAAACAGAUGUCAAUGAAAUUAAGUGACGAAUGCGUAGAUGCCCGAUAUAUUCGCUAUGGACCUGGACCGAGAAAGCAGCUAUGAGCGGUACCCUACGCGUAUGAAUCCUCACAGCGAAAACCCCAUUGGAGAUUUCAAAGGGCACUCCGCACAUCCCUUUGUGUUGUUUCCAUACGAUUACCGCAUUCCGUCAAGAAAUCUCGGAAGCGCUGGAGAAGACUUAGAUAUGCAUGAUCGACAGCUGCACGAAAAAUCGUUUUCUUUAAGCAAAUAUCCAGAUGUGAUCCACGGUGCAGAGGAACUGAAUGGAACAUACACCUCCUUCAACGUAUCAGAUUUGCACGAGGCUCCUCUUCGAACGUUGACGUCUUUCACACUGUUAAAGGAGCGUCCCAAACCGUUGGACAUGUUUAAACAAUAUAAAGAAAAUUUGGACCCCAGCAAGUCGUCCCACAGCCAGAAGCACGAACGAAUCAGUUCUGCAGCGACCAAUUCGAAUGAUGCGGACAGUGUAGCUUCGCUGCAUGGACGGGAAUCUGGUUUCACUUUAACUCCAUCAAAUUCGCAUGGAUCAUUUGAAAUUAUUGAAGACGCAGUAAGCGAUGUGGAACACGAAAAGGAGUUACCUGAUUUGCCACCGGUAUGCUCCAGCGGACUUGUACUGAACGAUCCGCAUGCAGAGGAAGAAAAACAGGCGAAAACUUCGAAAUCAUUAACGAUAAUGCCGCCGUCAACUGUAUGGUCCAACGAGCAGCCCAAAAGCUACAACAGCGUUAAAGAUAACACUGAUAUACACCAGUCGCUUGAGCCAAAAGCCGCUACUUCUCAGGAGGAUCACAUCUCGCGUACGGCCGUAGGUUUGAAGAAGCUUCAUUCCGAUGAGACCUUCCCUGCGGAAGAUGAGCCACGUAUAGCGCCAUCUGGAUCGUUUUUUCUGGAAAAUGCCAGCAGUGUGCAUCCGCCAAGAAAUCGUUUGCAAAGCGAAAGCGAGCUGGAUUUCUCCUGGCUGAAUUCAAGCGAACCAAACAACGAUAUCAGCAGCAUUAUAAGUGCUUUGGACGAGCUGAGAAGCAGUGUCCAUUCGUUAACUGCCAAUGAUCUUGUUCAUAAAGAAGACUAUUCGCAUUGGCAGGCAGAUUAUCUAAGAGAUUUCCCCGUCAAAACAGAGCAGAGCAGCACAGAACUUGAAAGGUCAUCAGAGAGCGAGGGUUCUUUCAGGUCGAACUAUGAGCAGGAAAACAAUCAAAGGCCCAUCGGACAGCUCGAUCAAAUGUACGGGAGAAUGUGCAGCACUGAAACAGACUUUUCCAACAGAGAUGCAUUGUACCGCGAAUGGACUGAUGAAAACCAGAAUGAUACACGUCUGUCUAAUAAUAUCUCUGACAAGCUGAAUGUAAACCCUAUUUACCAGACCUUCAGCCAAGUAAACGGUGACGGAUCACAAACUGGAGUGCGACCCCAUGCGAUCCAAAGUGAUGAAACAAUACCGGAAGUGUAUAGCGGUAUUGUGAGCGACAUAAAUGAGUUGCAAACAGCCUUGCAGCAAUUUGCCGAUUUGCAAGAGCGGAAAUUGUCCGAAGCCGAAUUGCUAUUGGAGACGAGGUCCGAUUUUACCGGAAGCGACAACCAGUCUCCCUUCGAUCCCGCUGCGGAUAGCCCUAUGAUACACCUGGCUGAAGAAAACGCUGCCGACUUAUCAGCAUACGACGAGUCGCACACUGAGGAUUUACGAAAACAAUUAAUCGAAGAUCGUGAUUCGGCGUGGGAACAUCGAAGCCAAAAUUCAGCUGAAAUCGCAGAAGACCUCACUUUAGAAUCAAAACCUAUUAGCUUCUACAUCGCAUCGCAGCAGACAUCAAGAGCUAGCACACCGUCUCUAUCGUACGCAGACGACGAAGCAGACGACGACCACGUUUAUGAAUGUUUGGACGCUGAUAUCGAAGACCACGACGGGGGCUCGCAUUGCCUUACUGAUCUGCUCGUGCACGAAGCGGAGGAAUUAUAUUCAGCGGAAUACGAGAGCUCACUUGCAUCUGCUGAUUACGAGGAGCAGGCUUUACAGCCUCUGUCUCCCGAAUAUCAAUCUACACAGCUGCAUCAUUCAAACCAAGAGGACAUUGAGGUUGAUUCGGACAAACCCCAGUCGUCCACAAGCAGAAUCCAACAGAAUCUGAACGAUUUUGGAACCGGAUGUUACGAGACCGAAGAAGAGGGACCAAACGAUUACCAGAAUUCAACGGUCUACGUUGUUCAAAGAGAUAAGCCACUUGAAAUCCCCAGUAUCUUACCGGACAUCGUAAAAGGCUGCCUCUUAGGCAUCGCCGAAGUUACUGUUGUCAGUGAUGGCGAUCAUCUUCUUUAUGCUACUGAACGUAGCGUAUCACCUGGGACGAAUGUUGAAGGUGUAGAAGGAAUCAACACUGACGUUCUGAAGAUCCCGCCGCGGAGUGGGUUGGACGUAAUUGUGUCGGAAGGGAUCGACAUUGGUCCUGUUACUAUUAAUACUGAAGUUGUUGCGGAUAUGCUUCCGGAAUUUGAGGAGAAACCGUUAGUCACAGAUGACCUCUGUACCCAGGUGUUACCCCCUCAUGAGUUAAACAAAACAUGGAGGACCGAACUGAACGACCAAGCAGAAUGUUUGGCGCGGCAGUAUUAUGUUCACACAGACGAACUUCCGGAAUCUGCUAACGAAGCUUACAAUCCGUCCUCGGAAGCGCUGAUUUACAAUACGGCUGACCCGGAAUACCGCUCUGCGAUGAGCGCUGGCGCCGGUGUUAUACAGGUUCCAAACGACCAUUCGAUCCGGAAUUUGACACUAGAAGAGUGUGGAGAUACGGAUAGCGCACGAUCAACUCUCUUUAGAGGCACCCUUGAAUUAGUUUCAGCAGAGGUGUCGGAUUGCAAAGAUGAUCUACCUAAUGUCGAAUUCAAAGUAGAAGCAGAGAGUGCAGCAAAUUUUCAGAAAGACUUACCGGUUAUUACGCUUGAGAUUCGUACUGUAUCAGAGCCUAAACAGCAGAAUUUGCCGGAAAUAGUUUCGGAACGGUUGGAAUGCGCGUCCGCACUAAAUGCACUCCCUGUAAGUCCGGGUACAGGCACUAAAAAGGGGUCAAGCUUGUUUGAAUUAGCAUCGGAUUCUUCUGACGAGGACAGCGAAACCGAUUCGACAGCAGAUAACGGAGACUAUUUUACUUCAAGAGAACCGUAUUAUAUUGUGGAAGAAACCCUCACCUACAUAGAAGACGAAACCACAAGUGCCACACUCAGUUCUCCUGAGGUUGCAAAAACCGAAGAAUGUGCUGACAAUGGCCAAUCACAUGAUCAAUGGAGAUUGGCGGAUCACGUUAGCCCGAAUGAACUCGCUGACGCGGCAACCAAUAUGACUCUGAGCUGUCCCGACAUCUUGCAGCAUGCCCUGGAGAAAAUAUUUGCUCAAGAACGAGAAGUCGAAGCCGAUUCUGGUGACACAUGUUUGCAGUCUAGGACCUCCUCCAGAAAAGAUUGUCGGAAUGCGCCUGAUGCCGAAGGUAUUACCAUAGAAAAAGCGCUAGAUAACCAGCCUCUUAAGACAUCAGUGUUUGACCUGGUCCCGGGUCAAUCUGAGCCUGUCGUACAUGACCCGCACACGCCCAGUCUGGCGGUAAACAGGGUAUUGCGACCCUCCGGUCAUCGAUCGUGGUACAAGUUGGCGGAUCUGCCGUCGACAGUAACACAUCUGAGUGAACUGCGAGUAUCGUAUGUUCAGAAACCGGAUUCGGCAGUUUUGCCUUCCACCACAGGUUCAAAAAGCCCUGUUCGAAGUUUAUCAACACAUAGCUCGGGAUUUGGGCUCGCUGAGAAAACGGACCCAGAUAAACCGGUAGCCGACCUUCCCCUGGCGGAUGUUACUUCGCAUGGAGAUACCAAAAUGCCUGAGCAUAAAGUUUCCGAAGAUGGCGAGCCAACGCCGGAAUAUCUCAGACGAUUUGACGAGCUGAUGGGGUUGAAAAAGGAGUGGACAUACGAUAAAGGCGCAGUUGAGCCAUACACGCAUCUGGUCAACGUCAUACCGCAUGAAGGGGUGCAUGAGCCGACUGCGGUGUUUCUUUAUCCGUGCUUAUUACCCGACCAUGCUGAUCCUGACUAUGACAAGAUUAUGGAGAACUUGCUGCUGUACGUCUUAAGCCAUGUGCAGAAAAUUGAUAAGGAGCCAUACCGUAUCGUCUUUUUCAACUCCGGCAUUCCGCAUGGCUGCGAGCCAUCAGCGUUCUGGCUGCAACGCGUGUAUAAAUCAAUGGACGAAACGAUGAAAGAAAAUUUGAUUGAACUUCUCAUAGUUCAUCCCCACUUCAAAAUCAGGGCUCAGUUGCAAACAGCCGGCAGAGCUAUACUAAGGAGAUUAUAUGAUUAUGAUGCAUCGCUUACCGCGUAUAGCAAAGAAUUUUUCCGGAAGAUAAAAUUUGUGAACGGUCUCAAGGAGUUAGGAAGGGUGGUCUCCAUACAGUACGCCGCCAUUCCGAAACCUGUUCGCGAUUAUGACAGACGACGAGAGUGGAAACUGUCCAAAGCAUGUUGUUAAUUUUUAAAUUUCAUCGUCAUUAAAUUCGUUUUUGUCUUUUAUUUGUUUGCUCGGAAAUGGUCAGUUUAUUGAAUGUAAAUAUUACCGCUAGCGAAAUAUACAGUAACUAAAUGUUAAAGUGAUUUUGUCAAUCGUCUUCAUAAUAGCUUUUUCUCACCACCUGAAUGCCAGACAUUCUACAGCUGUGUACAGAUACAAGAUACAUACUACAUCGUACUGCGACAAAGAAGCCGAUGAAAAUAAAAAUAAGCACAAAACUCGAGCAAAA